UUUUGCCUGAGAGAAACCUCCUUCUCCUCCUCCUCUCCUCCUAGGAAUUCCCUCUCACCACACCCGACUUGCUCUCUCUGUAUCCCCUCAAAAAAAUAUCCCAUCUCUUCUCUUCCCUUUCGUUCCCCCUUCUUCCUUCUAUUCUUCCCCCAUCCGCCGCCUCUCUGCCCCCAAUUGCACCGUCGUUCCCCUAAAUCCCAACCCACAUCACCAACGUACCCCCUUUUCCCUCCCCAAACAAUUAACGGAAUCCCCAAGAGGUUGCCUGACUCUCAGGGUCCCCUUCCCGACUUGGAUCCAUCUUCUCUUCCCCCGUCUCUUCGUUGCCAACCCCGAAUCGCACUUUGCAUCUCCGUUACUGCCGCCUUGUUUCCUUUCCACGUGUCGCCCGUUCGUCCUUCCGAGAACAAGGAAGAAAAGAAAGCAACCGAAAAAAAACAGACAAACACAAACCGCACUCUCUCCACGCUGAUCGACUGCAACUUCUUCUUUUUGUGACCCGAGAUCUCGAUACACCCUCCAUCUCAAAACCCGAACACAAGACGAGCUUCAGGUUUGCGUGGCUGACUCGUCACCACCUCAUCCCGUCCCCGACGAUUCUCUAGCUACGAUUUCGAGCCGGAUACGAGUGCUUCACAUCCCCAUGUUCCCGGUCGACCGCUAGCUUUGCUUCGAGUUGUCUCGGUGACACUUGAUCCUGCCUCCCUUUGGUCGAUUUCUACAUCGUCCCGUACGAGUGCUCUCCAACAGCCCCUUCGCAGUAGACGCGAACCAUCAUCUUUAUUCUCAGUACGACGAUACUCUCACUGUAACCCCUGGCCGCAGGCGACCUUUGUUUCCACAAUCGCUAUCUGUUUCCAAUCACAGCCUCCUUCUUUCUAGGAAGAAGUCAGUCGUUUUUGGGACAGAAAACCAUUCUUCCAUUUCCUACCUUCGUAUAAAAGAGAAAGCAAAAAAAAGGUUCGUUAGAUUCGUACCUCGACUCGACUCUGAUCGUUGCCAGCGGCCGAUUUCCUGUCGUGUCAUACGUAUGACAGUAGCCAGUCAUCCGCUUGGCCUGCUGAGAGUCUGAUGCUGACAUCAAGCUCGAGUGGAAAGAGCCUUGCUAACUUGCCUGCCUCAUACAGUAUUCUGCAGAUCCGGCCAGCAAACCGCUCGGCUUCGUUAUCACCUGUCUUCGCCCUCCCUUGGAGUAAGACAAUCUAGCCGUACUUCAAACUCGAGCCACUUGCCCGAACAUAGGACCGGUGAAGGACUGCUUGUUCGCCACUAUUUCCUCUCGACGGCUCCUUGGAAUAUGGCCGCGCUGGUUCAAACGUACCCCCAGCAGACCACCACUGUUACCACUCUCCAGUCGAGACCCUCAGGCAACAUGGUCCCAACACAGGCCCAGGCGAACCAGCAAUAUAUGGCUGCUCAACAGUCGCAGAGGAACUUCUCAGGUUCCGCCGUGUAUCGCGGUAGCAAUGCCCCAAUUCAGCCUUACGCUUUCACCAGCACCCCGAGUUUGAACACCAACAACCAGUGGCAGCAAUAUGGCAACGGAUAUCGCACGGCAUCUUCACCUGCGGUGCCGACGCAAGGCGCGCGUCACGGAGGAAGCUCUUCAGUAUCAAACGCUGGCUACAACCACGGCAUGGGGACUAGCAAAGGAGGUUCGAGGGACGAUUCGGGCAUUCCUACUGCUCGCACAAAUUCACAGGCCCCGAGGCCUCAGUCGGCGUAUUUGGCAGGCAACACGACACAGCAAAUGACAUUCGCUCAGACCGCUGGGACUAAGACGACGCCUGAUAGGUACCGGCGCCCGGCUCUCCAGCAACAACAACCUCGCCAGACUAGCGCCCCGUCAGGCUCAGGCAUGGCGACUGUUAGUCAUUUGUAUAAUGAUGAGCAAAAGAACGCGUCAGUGCGAGGCCGGAACCCGUCUUUCCAGAGCAGACCAAACAGUUAUUAUGGUGCGGUUGAUGACAUGCAAUUAAGUCAACAACAAAGUGUGGAAGACAGCAAGCGACUCAGGCGGCGCAGCAUGCACUCGCUUGAUUCUGCCGAUUAUCCCAAGCCGCUAACCCCACAGGAAUUCUCUCACCCGGAAGAUUCCUCCCGUUCCGACCGCGUGCCAACUCCCAAAAACAGCGAAAAGACACUUCGCAUCGUCUCCAGUCUCGCACCUCCCGCCGACAACAACAUGCAUGUCCGCAAUGGCAGCGCUGAAAGCCUUGCAUCAAGCCGCAGCAGCCAUUCCAGACCAUCUUCGUCUGCCAACCGCAGCGUACCCACCCCCACGGGCAACCCCUCUUCCUCUUCAACUCCUUCACACUUGGAUGAUGGCUCUUCGAAGCAAGAUUAUCCUAAAAUCGUGAAUAUUCCUCCACGUAGCUCAUCGUCAGAUGCGGCCAAGAGGCAGUCUACUCCCUCUCCUCUCUCAAAGCCGGUGACCAUGGCGACCGACUCGAGUCCCCAAAAACCACCUUCCUCUCUGGGCAAUGCUCCGCAACAGGCCUUGUCUCAGAGCACGACUGCGUCCAACAGCAACAACGCUAGCAGCCCCGCAGCCCAGCAUUUGGCUGCGAUUAGCCAGAAGAGUACAAAAUCCAAGAGCAAGACAUCGCGGUUGCGCAGAGCCUUCUCGUUUGGUAGCGCGGCCGAUUUCAAAAAGGCCUCCGGACCUGAACCUACUAUCGACGAAAAUAGUGUGUCUGAUCCUACCAGAUUGCACAAGGAGCCGACAGCGGCCGAAAUUUACGAUGCGGAACAGGCCGCCAUCGCGAAGAAGCAGGAGGAAGGGGGUAUCGGGAACAACAUCUAUGGCGGAAGGCUAUUCUCCAGCUCGACCGACAACCUCUCCAUUUCGUCCACCGCAUCAUCUGCCUCAAUCAUGAUCCGUAAGAUGGGUCGUGGCAUGAAAAAGAGUACUCGUAACCUCGUUGGUCUCUUCCGGCCAAAGUCCGUCAUUGGCGUUCCGGCAGCAGAUGCGCUGGCCCCAGAAGCCAGCCAGGCUGCCGUGUCCAUGGUUACCGUUGAAGCCGAGAGAGUCAAUGUUAACGCUGAUCCUCAUGCACAGAACGGCGGCGGCACUGGAUUUCCUCAUCUGGAACGCAACUCCUUGGAUAUUUCGAACACCCCUAGCAUGGUUUCGGAACGUGCUGGAAGUUCAGGUACCGACAGCGCGAGGCGAAAAAGCAUUGUCGAUGGUGACAAGGAGCGUGCCGAGGUGCUUGCUGCUGUCAGGAAAGGCAUUCUGAAGCACAACAGAUCAGGCAGCCCUGCUCGCGACCCGCGAUCCAACUUCGAGUUGCCCGCGAUCCCGAAUGUCGCUGAUUCUCCCAUCUCGACCGCACCCAGCACGCCAAAUGAUGACGCUCAGGGCCAUAAGCGUUCCGGAUCUGUCGCCAUCGGUAACGAAGACUAUUUCAUGACUGCUUUGAGGCUUCGCCAGGACACCAAGAGUGCCCCAGGUACGCCUUCAGGCUCCGCCAAGAGGAAUGCAACUUUCUCGCCGAGAAUCGUCUUCCACGACACUUGGCCUAGCGGCGAAUAUGAUCGUAGGGGCGAAAUUGCUACCUGCAAUCGCCUAACGCCGAUGCUAGCCCAGCAGAUCAAAGAGGAGCUCAACACAUUCAAGAUGGAAAUGGAAGUUCACGAAAACUCCAAGAUUUACACGCACUUCUUCUAACGACGGCUACGCCUGCAAGACGGAAUCUCACCACUUUUGCUUCUUGAUGACGGGCACCAAACCCUCAAUCAUGUAUUUGAACUACAUUUACCAUUCGACGGCGUUCAGGAACAGCAUCGUACGGUGUCAGGGCGUUCACUAUCGUCACUCGACAGCAUUUUUCUUGCCUGACUGAGAAGCCUUGCCCGGCCGCCCUUUGUCGAUUAAUUCUUUUUUUUAUUUUACUAUUUUCACAAUGGGCGGGAGGUAUACGAAGACGGCGGCCGGACGGGACAGCCUUGCAGCAGGCCAGUCAGUGCAGAUUACGGGCCGAUGGCCUCUUUGCAUUUGAGCAGCAAUCACACGGACCUCAGGACAUGAUGGCGAUAAUAGCGGUGACCUCUUACACUUUUUCAGAUGGGCCCAAGUCCUCUGACGACUUAGAUGCGGAUUUCUGAAAAGAUGGCAUCACUCACUCACACACAUACACACACUUGACACUCGAUUGAGGUUUAGUGUUUCGAUAUUUGUUUUGUAAGGGCUUAAAGGACUUUUCGUUACCUGUCGGUUCUCUUCGAGUUACGUCGCCUUCAAAGUUCGUCGGGUCAUGAGGAGGCGGAAUAGAGUGUGGCUUUUUUCUUCCAAAAGAACAGCUUAGUCUCAGCGAGGUCUCGGUGCUGGUAUCGACCGCUCCAGCGAAUUGAAUAGUUUAGAG